UUGCUUUUGCUUAGAUUCCUCCUCCGUUCAACAGAUUCCUCGAUCAUUCCUCCAAAAUGUAUCGUCUGCCGCACCAUCGUCGUCAACGGCAGAAGCCGAAUAAUGGAUUCCUGGGCAAAAUGUGUAAGGAUUUCCAGCGAAUGUCGUGGGGCCCCAACGGUCGUCCCAUGUUUGAUUUUAUGGUGCUGUCGACAGUGCCAUUUAUUACGGAUGGGUUGCGUUUCUUCAAGCGAUGCCACAAGCCCGAUCGCCGGGAGUUUAAGCGCACUGCCGUGGCCGUAGGAGUGGGCAUCCUUCUCAUGGGUUUGGUGGGAUAUAUCGUGAAGCUGCUGCAGAUACCCCUGAUCCUGAGCUCCUAUCAAAAUGAGAAAUAAAGUUUCAGUCUACCCCGAGA